AAACCAGUUUCACUUGCAGCACCCUGAUUCACUCCCCACUUCGAGACUUGCACUUCUUAGGACUACACACUAUCUAUCAUCUCUAACUCCGGAUUCAUUCCAACUCCUCCUUCGUCGAGUCAUCAAGCAACGAGGACAAGACCAAUAAUGGCCACUACCAUUGCUCGUCCAAAUUCUUCUCCCGAUGACCUUGAGAUCCUGCAAACCCUCAAAGCACGCAUCAAAGCCGGCCAACACGAAUUCUUUCGCGCGGUACCUCAGCCUGCAGCGUUAGCCGGCGUAUGGCUAGGCGAUGUGACCAAUGUCGUAGAAGGCCGUGAUUCUCAUGAGGCGGAGCCGGUAGACGUGGAGGUACUGGAAGACGAGUUGGUCAAACAGAUCCCUAAGCCUGUGGCUUCCAGUCACCCUGCUGUCAACGCUGUCGCACCACCUGCUCCAAUAUCGCAUCAAUUGCCGCUUCAAAUCCCAGCCUCUGUUCCACCAAAACCCGCACCUCAGUCUCAACAAGCGUCCUGGGACCGCCCCACGCCCAUUUCUCGUCCCGCUCCCCCUCUCGCUGCGCAAAAUCAAAACUCGGCUGCUCUCCCUGCACCAAAUACGUCCACUGCUGGUACGAGUCUACGAGAUAGGAUUGCACCUGCUGGGGCUGUUGUAUUGACACCAAGGCCGGACUCUCAAGCUCCCACUGCUCUCCCUGCUUCUGCGACAGGCUCAGUCGCAACGACUACAUCGUCUCAUGGACUUCCCCCCCACCCUGCUACCAAGUCAAGCAACGGAAUCCUGGCGCCGUCUCCGAGCCAACAACCGCCGAACCCACGCUCGCUGGAAGAACGGUUGCGGUAUGACGAUCGCGACCGUUUGCCUCGUGAACGUGAGCGUGAGCGGUAUGAACGACUAACGCCUCCCCCGGCGCCGGCCCUGUUGCCUGCGCGCUACGAUCGAGACCGAGAGAGGGAGAGAGAAAGAGAAAGAGACCGAUAUCCGGCCGGGGAUCGCUACCUUCCGGCGGCAAGUGGAGACCGCUACCUUCCGGCGCCCCCGACUGCAACGCCGAUGUCGAUGUCUGUUGACCGUGGAGAGAGGUAUGUUCCGGUCGAUCGAGAAAGAGAACGUUAUCCACCGUCGUCUUUACCGCCUUUACCGGUUCCAAUGUCUGUCGCAGAGCGAGAGAGAGAGCGAGAUAGAGAACGGGAACGGGAACGAGAAAGGGAACGGGAACGAGACCGAGAACGAGAACGAGAACGAGAGAGGGACAAGGCUCCAUAUGUUGCGAGUCUUCAAGCGCAGGCUGCGCCCACAGCACGAUAUGCAUAUGACGAAAGGGAUCGACAAGCGCCAGAAUAUUAUCGGAGCGAAUGGGAAGAUCGAGAACGGGACAGACGAUAUUUCGCAACGCAGCCAGCUACACCAGUGGCUACCGCCUACGAGCGGGAACGAGAGAGAACAGUAUCAUCUGGGACUUGGCCGCCUCCCCCAGCAGCAGUAGCGACCGAAUACGAUGUGCCGAGCACCCAGCCAGCGCGGCCGCGAUCUCCAUUACCUGUUCCGGCGAGUCAUCCGCUUCACCCUGCAUCUCAUCCGUACGCGCCUCAUCCCGUGGGCGUUUCUGCUGUUGCCGCCAACUCGAUCCACGCUGCCCAGGCUCCGUUGUUCAAUCCACCACCCCGGUCAUAUCGGCCUCCGUCGCCACCACCCUCAGCGUCAUCCCGAGUGCGUCCACGAAGUCCAAGUCCCGCGCGUGCUGCCAAAAGGGCGAGGGGAGAAGAAUAUGUUGCGAGCGGGGCGAGACAACCGAUGAUGCCGACCGGCACUGCAACCAGCAGGACUCAAGCGCCUCCCUCUUUGCCUAUGCCGCCCUCGUCGGCAGCGUUGCCGUCUAAAGCAUCUGCUUCCCAGCUUCAGCUUCGAGAUGCGCCGCCCCUUUCUUCGUCAUCACUAUCUUCUCCGAUGGGUAUGUCUCGGUCUGGUACAGCUCAGAUGCUAUCGUCUCCGGCCCCUCUGACGAGAGAACGCGAUCAUUCACCUCGGAGACCGCCCCCUCUACCGAUACCGAUCUCUGCUGCUGCUUCUGUUACCUCCGGUUACUAUGAGCGAGACAUGCGGCCGGAUCCGAGGCUCGACCCACGGGACAUCCGAGACCGGGAGCGGGACUAUCGGGAUGAGCGGGACCGUGAAAGAGAGCGUGAACGUGACCGCGACAGAGAGCGCGAAAGAGAGCGGGACCGGGAGCGAGAGCGAGAUCUCCACCAUAUACGCUCGGCUAGUGCCAGCUCGUUGGCAUUGGCUCCAGCACACCACUCGCUCCCUGCACCCGUCCGCGACCUGCGGGAUCCGCCACCACUUAGGUCACGGGAUCCGCGGGAUGCGCUGCCGAUGCCCAUGAGGGACCUUCGAGAACGUGACCCCAGAGAUCUCAGAGACCCUCGAGAAACGAUGCUGAUGAGCCGGCUCGAGUAUCCGCCGCGGUCGCCACCGCCGUAUGCUUCGCUGGCCAGAUCGGUCUACAGAGAGGAUGAUCGAAGGUAUCCUCGGUGACAGUGCAUUCAUCCAAGCAUAUGGAAAAUGUGCCAGAUGAAAUUUAGCCCAUCGGAUUUAACUAUAUCUUGCUUAUUUGUGGAUCGAUCCUAUUUCAUAUGCCUACGCUUCAUGUCAUCAUGUUUUUUGUUCACUUCGCCAUAAUGACACUCUGAA